AUGCACAUACAAAUGCUCGGGGGAUACCGUCUUGUCGGAUCUGGUGUGAAGGUUUGUCGCGUUGAUAAAACGUGGACUGGGGAGGACACGAAUUGUGAAGUUGUGACAUGUCCGCCAUUGAAUUCUUUGGACUUAGCAACUGUGAACGACGUGAACUGCAUUAAAAAAUCACUGAAAUUUGACUCAGCCUGCAUAUUUAAAUGUCCUGAUGGAUACGAAUUCAACGCAACAAGAUCUCAGUCUUCAACUCGGUAUUGUCAAGUUGAUGGCACAUGGGACGGUGCUACUCAAGUUUGUAUAGAUGUAAAACCGCCUUCGUUUACGACAUGUCCAAGUAACAGAGUCUUCUUUUACAAUACUACAUUCCGUACAAACACGGCUGAGGUUGAGUGGCAAGUACCUGAAUACGAAGACAACUCAAUUCUCAACGACGUUAAUCACAAAGUAACAUUAGAGGAAGUGAGCGAUUAUUCAAGUCCAACAAAGUUUACUAUUGGAAAACAUAAUAUCCAUUACAUCGUGACAGACAAAGCAGGGCUCAAAGCACAUUGUGAAUUCUCGAUAGAGGUCCAAGACAAAGAAGCGCCUUAUUAUUCCAAUUGUUCUCAGAAAAUAGAAAAAGAAUUUAUAGCAACACCUCCAUACGCGGACAAAAUGCGAGUUUCUUGGGAAGAUCCGGUGUUUCAAGAUAACUCAGGGAUGAAUCCUACGGUCAUACCUAGUACCCCAAACGGUGCGCUCUUUAAAGAAGGACAACAUCAGAUUACCUAUACAGCCACAGAUCCAAGUAAUAACAGAAACGUCUCUUGUACGUUUGAAAUUCACUUAAAAAUUCCAACAUGUGAAUUACAAAAGCGACCUAAAAAUGGUGCUUUGGUAUGCCUGACUAUCCCUUCCUAUCAAUGUCAACCCCUUUGUAAGGAAGGUUAUGACUUUGGGUAUAAGCCACAAGACCUCUAUUAUUGUGUGAACCGUGUUUGGCAUUAUUGGCCACCAUUCCCACCUUUUCAACCAACUGUUUGGCCGGAUUGUGCGCGCCGAGAAGAUCCUAACAGCGGAACAUUGAAAAUGUCGAGUUCGUAUUAUUUCAAAGGAGAUUGCAAUGAUUUGGAAGUCCAGGCUGAUUUAAAAGAAAGAUUUAUCACCGUUGUUAGUGAUCCUAUGAAGUUCCUGAGAUCAUUCUGCGAAUCGAAUAAGAAUUGUAAAGUG